UGGACGCGUCUCAUUCGACAGUUAACACUAUAACUAAGCCUAAACCAUUGCAGCGCACACAAUGUUUCUUACUUUAUCGGUUAGCUACCAUCAGUGCGAAUUGAUUUCAUUAUAAUACAUGCUUUAACAUUUCGGAGAAGACCAAGACCGAAAUCAAACUCCUUUAGCAUCGUCAACCAUGCCCCAGAAGGCGGAUCUGGGAAAAUGUGUUGUUUCUCAAAGAUGGGUAAUGGCUGUGAUGGGUAUGAUGGGCGUGACGAUGGCUUACGUUAUGCGAGGUUGUUUAGCUAUUACCAUUACGCAGAUGGUAAAACCGGUAGUGAAUACGAUAGAAAAAGUUGGACAGAAAGAUCUAGAAUAUUGCCCCAUGCCAUAUGUACCACAAAGGCAAUCAAACACCACCUCAACACACUAUGAAGAAGACACAAGCAGUCGAUUUGAUUGGGACGAAGAAACUCAGGGUUUGAUACUGUCGGCGUUCUACUACGGUUACAUAAUAACCCACGUGCCUGGUGGUUUGUUAGCCCAAAGGUUCGGUGGCAAACACACCAUGGGCCUAGGAAUUCUCUCCACAGCCGUUCUUACCAUGUUCACGCCGAUGGUGGCUCGCAUGGGUUCCACACAACUGAUGAUCUUGCGUUUCGUCGAGGGACUGGGAGAGGGUACUACGUUUCCGGCACUUUGCACACUUUUGGCUCAAUGGGCACCACCGCUUGAAAAAGGAAAGCUUUCGACGCUAGUUUUUGCAGGCGUACAAUUGGGAAGCAUUUUUGCCAACUCCAUUAGCGGAUUCAUCAUUAAUGUCCUGCCCGGCGGCUGGCCAAACGUUUUCUACUUUUUCGGUGGCAUAUCCAUGGUCUGGUUCGUCAUCUGGUGCCUCGUGGUCUAUAACGAUCCGUUGUCACAUCCGUUUAUUUCCGAGCACGAACGCAACUAUUUGCUACAGACAAUAGGAAGUAUCGAGAGGAAAAAGGACUUAGCACCUACCCCGUGGAAACAUAUUUUGACAUCUGCGCCAGUUUGGGGGCUAAUCGUUGCGGAAUCCGGACACGGCUGGGGCGGUUACACUCUCAUGAGUGAUUUACCCAAAUACAUGAGCGACGUGCUUCAUUUCUCAGUGGAACAAGUACCAUUUUCAAUGGGUGAAAUUAUUGCUGUUUUCUUUGUAAUACAGAUUUUACACCCGACUCAUUUCGUUUUACAGAACGGUUUCCUGACGUCAAUUCCGUACAUCGCCCAGUGGAUAACGUCGAUCGUAAGUAGCGUGAUGGCCGACUGGACGAUUAAAAAACAACACAUGAGUGUCACAGCAGUGAGGAAACUAUUCGCUAUCAUAGGCACCGUUGGACCCGGACUGGGUGUGAUGUGCGCGUCGUUCGUGGGAUGCGACAAGUUGACGGCAACAUUCUUUUUUACAUUGGGGAUGGCACUUAUGGGGUUCUGCUAUCCCAGCAUACGAGUCAAUGCACUGGACUUGUCGCCAAACUACUCAGCCACCAUAAUGGCUUUGGUCAACGGUAUUGGAUGCCUGUCAGGAAUGGCCACUCCUUAUGUGGCUGGACUCCUAACUCCCAAUAGGACAAUUUCGGAAUGGCGUUUGGUGUUCUGGAUCAUGCUGGUAGUGAUGGUGGCUUCCUCGAUGCUGUUUACCGUAAUCGGAAGCGGCGAGACUCAAUUUUGGGACGACAUGGAAUAUGAAAAAAGAAAAAAUUAUCAGGAAAAGGACGAGUCGCAAAAAAACUACCAAGAGAGUGAACCAACAGUCGGAGAUGACCCGUCGAUGAAAAAGCCGGAUUGAUGUACUUACCUACCUACCGGCCUAAUUAUCAUAUUGAUGUGUAAAUAAUUUUCGGAUUCGAACAACGCCAUAAUACUAACAAAAAUAAUACAAUUUAUAGGAUUAAGUUUAUUCUUGACUGUAAUCAUUUGUAUUGACCCUGGUAUUGUUAAAAAAUAAUUUUGCUAUUCAUUUUUUUCAAAAUCAAAUUUUUUCCAUAUUAUAACACUAAAUUAUUUCAACAAAAUAUUGUCUUAAAUAAAAAAAUACAAUAAAUUCGAAACAAGACAUUAUGACUCAUUG